AAAUAAAAUAUAAUUAAAAUUUAUUAGUUUUCGCCAUGUCCACCGCUCACAAUCCUCGCGCAUCAUCCCAGGAGAACGAUCUCUUGAAUCGAUCUAUCAAACGGAUCAAAGGCAGCGAUUACCCUCCAAUCUCUGAGGAAUAUCAACUGAUCGAGAAUCCUCCACAGCAGCUAUCAUAUAGAGAUUUGGUGAUUCGCGAUGAACCAAUCGAAAUCUGCUGUGAUACCUCUGUAAAUCUUGACCUCCUGGAGGAGGACUCCGAUUGCGAGGAUGAUGGAACAAUUCCUACAAUCCUGAUUUCUAAAGAGGAAAAGAAAAGGAUUCGUUCCCCAUGGAUUAAUUCUAUAAUCAUAAAGGCCUUUGGAACAAAAUCUGCAGGUUACAACUUUAUCUACCCGAGAAUCAAAGCCCAGUGGAAGCCAAGAGGAAGGAUGGAUUGUAUUGAUCUAGGUGUUGAUUUCUUUCUUAUAAGGUUUCAGGAAAGGGAUGAUUUACUCAAGGUCCUAAAUGGGGGGCCAUGGUUUGUAGGGCCUUAUUACCUCACUAUUCGGCAAUGGGAACCAUCUUUUAAUCCAGAAAAUGCGGCAUUCACCACCACAGCUAUAUGGGCCAGAUUGCCCAGACUCCCAAUUGAAUACUACGAUGUGAAAAUCUUAGAGAGGAUUGGAAGACUUCUGGGGAAGCCUUUGCGCAUAGAUGCCCACACUGCCCAUCAAACCAGAGGGCAAUUUGCUAGGAUCUGUAUACAAGUUGAUUUGGAUGAACCUCUUGUUCCUUUUGUUAGGAUUGGCAAGCAUAUUCAAAAAGUAUUAUACGAGGGUCCUGUUGCUCUGUGUUUUUCUUGUGGGUGUGUGGGUCACAAGGAAGGAUUUUGUCCUCUAAAGUUGUCUCAAAUUCCUACGAAUAUGGAGGAAGACUCCUCUGCCCCUCCAGAGACCUUGCAUAGUAAUAUUGAACCAAACUUGGACUCAAAGGAGCAGCAAGGGUUUGGCCCUUGGAUGUUAGUUGAAAGGAAGAAGAAUAGGAGGAAACCCAAUGGAAAAUUCUCUGAUUCAUCCAAUCAACACGGUAAGCCGAGCACCUCCCAUGGAGGGAACUCGAGUAGCCUACUCACUGGGUCAAGGGACGAGUUAAAACAGAAUCAUGGGGAAGCCAAUCUUUCAAAGGACAAUACAAUUAAUGAUCUUACCGUUACUUGUAACGGAUCUUUUGUUACUACUGGACCGGAGGCCCACUUAAAAGAAAACGAGCCUUUUAUUGCUAGUAACCAGGUUAGUUCCAAUAGAGUUGCUUUGCCUAACACUAAUUUGGAUAUUUUGACUGUGCAGGAUUUUCCUAGAUUUUGUCAGGAUAAUGCUGUGGACAAAGAUAAGAUGUCAGUAAGGCCAAAGGGGGCACAUAACAAGAAAGAGAGUUUAGCUCCUGUUUGUCUUGAUCCUUCUUCAAAAGAUGCGAAGAACCUACAAUCUGCGUCAUCCUCCGCCGGUGGAAUUUUGGGCAAUGGAUCCAAGAUCCUUCGGGAAACUGUGCAGGGAGUGGGACAUUUUUCUUAUCAACGACGAAAACAACAUUCUGCCAAUGGAGACGGCAUUGUCAAUGUUACUGAUGAAGGAUCCAACCCCCAUAGAGGGUUGGGAUCUAGACACAAUCGCCAAGUGUUGGAUCAAACCGGUGGUGGUGCAGAAGGGUGUCGACCUCACGCCGCAUCUACCACCUCCACCCGAGUGGAUCCCACUCCCUCCUCACCUACAAGCCCCAGACAUGUGCCUUACAUCGAGAGCGACAUGGACCUCGAUCGGAGAGAGGUUGGGUUGGGAGUUUUGGGAGGAACAGAUUUCCCCUCAAAUAGUAAAGAUCCCGGAAGCCAUAUGAGAGCUCGCUACAUACAAACUGUACUCCCAUUCUACUUCCCAGAAGUGAACAUGAUGAUCAAGAGCAGAUUGGACAACUCAGUUCAUUGGAACCAAGAGUUGGGCCGUUGGGUCAUGAAUUCCUUCAGUAGUAUUGCUUGGUCAAUGAAAGUACUCUCAUGGAACUGUCGGGGUGCGGCAAGUAAUGAGUUCAAAAGGAAUGCUAUGGAGAUUAUUCGUGAGCAUAAUCCUGGAAUUUUUAUCAUAAUGGAAACUAAGCUCGCUGGUGAUAGGGCUAUAGAGGUUGCUAGGAGCUUGGGUUUACCAAAAUGGGAACUUGUGGAUGCAGAUGGCUAUGCUGGAGGGAUCUGGAUCCUUUGGAACGACUCUCACUUUGCUGUGGAUAUCCUUAAUAAGGGCUCUCAAGUCAUCCAUGCACUUGUCAAGGUAUGCUCUCACCCUAAUUUUGCAGAUUUUGAAUGGUAUAUUUCUGCUGUAUAUGCUAGGCCCCAAUUUGAAACUAGGUGUAAGCUUUGGGAUAACUUGAGGGAAUUCUCUCAGGUCAUCAAUGGUCCUUGGUUGGUCAUAGGGGAUUUUAAUGAUAUCACAAAUCAGUCAGAAAAAUUUGGAGGAAAUCCUUCUCCGUCCUACAGAAUCCAAGCCUAUACUAACUGUAUGUCUUAUUGUAAUCUUCUUGACUUGGGGUUUAAUGGACCCAAGUUCACCUGGGCAAAUAAGAGAGACUCUAGUCAUCUCAUUCGUGAAAGAUUGGAUAGAGCAUGGGGUAAUCCGUCUUGGAGAAUUAAGUUUCCUGAGGCUGCUGUUUAUCAUCUCCCUAGGCUUUCUUCUGAUCAUUGCCCUAUAAUGCUUUCUCUUAACCCUACUGUUCCCUUCAUGGGAAGUAAACCCUUUCGAAUUGAGAAGUUUUGGCUGGAGCAUGAAUCCUUCAGGGAUUUGGUUGCCACUGAGUGGGGGGUCUCCAAUCUCCCUAUAGCUGAGUGUGCUACUCAUUUCAAAUCCUCGGCUCGAAUAUGGAGUCGAGCCACUUUUGAAAACAUCCAUAAAAAGAAAAAAGAGAUCCUUGCUCGGGUUGUUGGUAUCCAAAGAUUCUUGCAAUCCAAAAAUAGUUCUUUUCUUAUACAAUUAGAAAAAGAGCUUACUCAAGAAUAUCAACAUAUUCUUAAAUAUGAGGAAGACCUUUGGUUCCUCAAGUCUCGCACCCAAUGGAUUCAGGAUGGUGAUAGAAACACCAAGUUCUUCCAUGUUUCUACUAUCAAACGUCGUUCCUACAAUAGAAUCAUGGGACUUAAGAAUGCUCAAGGCACUUGGUACUAUGAUCCUAUUGGAAUUCAGGCCAUUACACUCUCUUAUUUUAAAGACCUCUACACAUCUUCUCAUACCUUCUCCUUCUAUGACUCCUUUAAGGACAUUCCUAGGGGUCCGGUUGUUGAUCACUCUAAAUGGGACUCUCUUAUGGCUUCCCCAACUGAUGCUGAAAUUUGGACAGCCAUUAAGUCUAUGAAAGCAUGGAAAGCUCCAGGGCCGGAUGGUCUCCAUGCUGCAUUUUUCCAGAAAUUCUGGGACUUAGUUAGCCCCAAGCUUUGCUCUGAAAUUCGCAUGGUGUUUUGUAAUGCUGCCAUGCCUGAUUCUUGGAGCCAAAGUUUGAUUGCUCUCGUUCCAAAAAUCCCAAAUCCUGAAAUGGUCUCUCAAUUCCGGCCCAUUGGUCUUUGUAAUGUCAUUUACAAGGCUGUUACUAAGAUCAUAGUUUUGAGAAUGAAAAACUUAAUGGGGAAUCUGAUCUCUCCCCUUCAAUCUAGUUUUAUUCCAGGCAGGAAUGGUAUGGAUAAUGUUCUCAUUCUAAGGGAACUUGUCCAUUCUUUCACCAAAAGGAAGGGUCGAGUGGGUGACAUGAUCGUUAAACUUGACUUGGAGAAGGCCUAUGAUAGGCUUGAAUGGGGUUUCAUUCGGGAGGCUCUCCAAUUUUUUAAUUUCCCUCCUCGAUUUAUUGACUUAAUUAUGUCUUGCAUAUCUUCUUCAACCUUUGCUGUCAUUAUCAAUGGUAGUACUUCUGACCAAUUUCAACCUUCUAGAGGUCUGAGGCAAGGGGAUCCUCUAUCCCCCUAUCUCUUCCUUUUAAGUAUUGAAUUUUUGUCUCUAAAACUUCAAGGCUGUUCUGAUUCGAGGUGUUGGAAGGGGACCAAAUUGGGGAAAAGAGGUCCUAACUUGUCCCAUUUAUUCUUUGCUGAUGAUCUCAUUUUCCUCGGCAAAGCUAAUAAGUCUAAUGCUUGUUUUCUCAAAGAGGUUCUUAACUUCUUUUGUCAAAGAUCAGGGGAGAAGAUUAAUCUCGAGAAGUCAAAAAUUUUAUUCUCCAGUAAUACCCAACCUAUUACCAAGAGUGAAGUGUGUAAUAUUCUCAAUAUCUCUGAAACUGACCACUUGGGAAAGUAUCUUGGUAUUCCUAUUACCCCCAGAAGGAUCUCCAAGGCUGAUUGUAACUUUAUCAUUGAUAAGGUUCGUACUAAACUUUCUGGUUGGAAAGCUAAUAUGUUAUCCUUAGCUGGAAGAACUACUUUGGUGUCUUCUGUUCUCUCUUCUAUUCCGAAUUAUUAUAUGCAAGGUGUUUUUUUCCCGGUUGCCAUACAUAAGGAGUUGGAUGGUAUCUCUCGCCAAUUCCUUUGGGGAUCCACUCAGGAAAAAAAGAAAGCCAACCUUGUCUCUUGGGAUAGAAUGACGCAACCAAAGAAAUUUGGUGGCCUGAGCCUCCGAUCCUCUAAGGAGGCUAAUCAAGCAGCUAUGGCUAAAGUCCAUUGGCGUUUGCUCACUGAGAAGGAUAAAAUAUGGAUGAGGGCUUUCCGGGCUAAGUUCAACAUUGAAGGUCCUAAAAGUAGUAUUCAGAAACCCUCUCCUGUGCUUAGAGAUAUUAGUAAGGGGAAUCAGAUUAUUAACAGAGGGGUUAGAUGGAUCCCUCGUGACGGUGAUAAUAUUUCCUUUUGGCAAGAUGCUUGGGUUGGCAACUUUCCUCUUAAUUCAAUAAUCUAUGGUCCGUUCCGACAGGAUACUCUUAAUGUUUCUGUGAAGGAAGCUCUGUUACCUUCUGGGGAAUGGAACUGGGAUUUGAUUUCCUACUCUCUUCCUGAUAGUAUUUUGAAUAAGAUCAAAGCCAUCCCUCUCCAAAUCUCUUGUGCUGAACAUGAUGCAUUUAUUUGGGGGUUUUCUAGUAAUGGCCUUUUCAAGACUAAAUCUGCCUACCUCUUAGCAAAAAAUAUAUCCCCUCAGAAUGGUUGUUCUUGGUCGUGGAUCUGGAAAAUCCACACUUUACCUAGAAUUCAUUCUUUCUUAUGGUUGUUGAGGCAUGGUAGAUUGCUUACCUUUGAGACUUUGUUUAAUUGGGGAGUUACUGUGUCAAGCUCUUGUCCUAGGUGUCAUCAUGCUCCAGAAACUCUUAAUCACAUUUUUAGGGAAUGUUUCUUCUCUAAAUUAUUGUGGUCUCUUCUCACUCCGCAUCCCAUUAACACUCUAUUUCAUAACCUGGAAUUCAAUGACUGGCUUUAUGCUAAUGCUACUUGCACUGAUGCUUCUAACAAUUGGAAAUGGAGUACCAUCUUCUCGUUCAUCAUCUGGUCUCUUUGGUACUUUCGCAACCAAUUGGUCCAUGAUGGGAAGAAUUUCUCAACUGCAAUGGCUCGAGAUUUUAUCUUGGAUAGAAUCAAUGAAUUUGGCCAGGCUUUCCACAUGGCUCAUGAACCCAAGACUUCGGCCACUGUUCUUGUUGGAUGGAGUCCGCCUCCUCCUGGGAGUUUGAAGCUGAACAUCGAUGGUUCAGCUUUAACAAACCCAGGCACUGCUGGGGCGGGAGGGGUUUUUAGGGAUGACAUUGGGAAUUGGCAGCUUGGCUUCUACCACAAUAUUGGGUUUACUUCUAGUCUUUCGGCAGAGUUGUGGGCUUUGAGAGAUGGUCUCAAGCUUGCUUUGGACAGGGGGUUCUCCAAUUUAAUUAUUGAAACUGACUCUAAGGUUGUUAAAACCCUCUUAGACUCUGCUAAUUCUACUUUUCACUCACUUGGUGUUUUAAUUGCGGAUUGCAGGGAUAUGAUGACUCAAAUCCCCGGCCUUCAGCUUAAUCAUGUUUUUAGGGAAGCCAACGCAGUUGCAGACGGGUUGGCAAAAAAGGGUGCAAAGUCGGACUCUUCUUUUGUUGUGCUGGAUCAAUGUCCUGCCGAUCUUUGUAACUUACUUUUAUCGGAUUGUAUUGGGACUAUGUUUCCCAGGGAUGUUGGAAGCUUUAUCCUCCUUGCUGAAUCCUUGACCAACCUCCCAAAACCAAUGUCGCACAGGAGAUGCAGCACUGUAACCAGAGUACUCGGCAUUUGCCCUCAAAUCAUCAACUGGGAGAAGCUUCGAGGAAUUCGUGGUGGGAAUGUUCGCCACGGCUGGAUCGUCGCCCAAGCUGGGAUUGGGGUUGAAUUUGGGUUCUCCAUGGAACCCGGUGUGGGUUCUUUCGAGAACCCUGAUCUGGGAACAAAAUCAAUGGCUUCUUUCAUCUCAUCUGUCCCAAAAAGGCUACAAGGAAAGGUUGCCCUGAUCACUGGAGGAGCCAGCGGGAAAGGUGAAUGCACCGCUAGAGCCUUUGCACAUCAUGGAGCCAAAGUUGUAGUCGCUGACAUCCAAGACAAACUAGGUCAAUCAGUUUGUGAAUCCAUAGGCCAAUCAACCUCCACCUAAGUCCACUGCAGUGUCAUUGACGAGUCCCAAAUCGAAAACACCGUCGACAAAGCUGUUGCCACCUAUGGCAAACUAGACAUAAAGUUCAACAACGCUGGCAUAUAUAGUCGACGAAAACAAACCUCACAUAAUGGACAAUGAAAAAUCUCAUUUCGAGCGCGUUCUUGGCAUGAACGUUACCGGAGUCUUCCUGGGGAUCAAGCAUGCGGCUAGAGUCAUGCAUGGUCCCAGCUCGUAGUCUCUGCAUAAUCUCCACCUCUCUAGCAUAAGUUCAGCCAUUGGUAUUGCAGCCUCCCACGCUUAUACUGCUUCAAAGCACACUGUGCUAGGACUUACAAGAAAUGCUGCAACUGCGCUAGGACGAUUUGGAUUAGAGUUAAUUGUCUGGCUCCCUACACCUGUGCAACACCUUUAGCCAAGAAAUUCGUGGAGGGUGA